AUGGCGGACAUUGAAGAAGCAAACGUAACGUUCCGCAAGUCUGAUGUCAAGGUCAAGUGGCUGGCAAAAGAACGACUGUCGCUGCUUGAGCUUGCUGAGAAGCAUGGCCUAAAGCCUGACUACGGGUGCAGAAGCGGUGGAUGUGGGACUUGUGAAACGAAACUGCUGAAAGGAGAGGUUUAUGGUCCAGAAGGAGAUCUCCCGGACACAAUUCUGAUCUGCUCUUCUCAACCGGCGAGUGUUGAGAUCGAACUUGAGCUUUAA